UUGACACUUAGCCAAAUUAACAAGGACAGAAAAAGAGCACUGCCUUCAUCUCUUUCAUAUAGUUUGAAUAUAAUAAUCAGAAUUGGACGACAAAGCCGUCGCUGUGGACUGUGCGGCAGGAAACCAUACUCAUUACCCUGACUCGCCAGUCACAAUGCACAGCUCCGGCAGCAAGGAACCAACAAAAGUAUGCCACGUGGUGGCGAUGCCGUUCCCCGGCCGAGGACACAUAAACCCCAUGAUGAACCUGUGCAAAAUAUUAGCAUCUAGAAGAACCAGCGAGAUCCUCAUCACUUUUGUUGUCACCCAAGAGUGGCUUGGAUACAUCGGCUCCGAUCCGAAGCCGGAUAACAUCCACUUCAGCUCCAUCCCUAACGUGAUCCCGUCGGAGCGGGACAAAGCAGCCGACUUUCCGAGGUUUUACGAAGCCGUGAUGACGGAGAUGGAAGACCCGUUCGAGCAGCUUCUCGACCAACUUGAACCGCCGGUGUCAGCCAUAAUAGGCGACGUUGAGCUACAGUGGUCAGCAGCGGUAGGUAAUCGGAGGAACGUUCCAGUGGCAGUAUUAUGGACGAUGUCGGCUUCGUUUUACUCUAUGUUACAUCACCUGCAGAUUUUCACACGUAACCGACCGUUUUCUGUCGAUCGUCCAGAUGUUGAAGCAGAUCACGUGCCCGGAAUUUCUUCGGCUCAUAUGGCAGAUCUUCGAACAGUAAUUAAUGAAAACAACCAACGAGUUCUUCAGCUUGCAUUGGAUUGUAUAUCAAAAGUUCCCAAAGCAAAUUUUCUUCUGCUCACCACAGUACAUGAGCUAGAACCUGAAGCAAUUGAUUCUCUGAAAGCUACAUUCCCCUUCCCUGUCUACCCUGUUGGCCCCACUAUACCGUACUCAGAACUCAAGCCUAAUUCUGAUCACAACCUUGAGCAUCUAAAAUGGCUAGAUUCUCAGCCACAUGAAUCAGUACUAUACAUUUCUCUGGGUAGUUUCCUCUCAGUUUCUAGUGCCCAGAUGGACGAAAUUGUUUCAGCACUCAACACAAGUGGCAUUCCGUUCUUCUGUGUGGCUCGUGGGGAAGCUUCAAGGUUGCAGGAAAAUUGUGGUGAUAAGGGCAUGGUGGUGCCUUGGUGUGACCAAUUGAAGGUGUUGUCUCAUUCUUCUAUAGGUGGUUUUUGGAGCCACUGUGGAUGGAACUCCAUUCUUGAAGCUCUGUUUUCUGGUGUGCCGCUCCUGACUUUUCCUCUAUUUCUGGAUCAAGUUCCCAACACAAGUCAAAUUGUGAAUGACUGGAAGAAUGGGUGGAAAAUAGAUAGAUCAGAGUCGGAGAUCGGUGAAAUGUUUGUGGGAAAAGAAGACAUAUCAGAGCUAGUGAGGAGAUUCAUGGAUCUUGAAAGCAGGGAAGGGAAGCAAAUAAGAGACAGAGCAAGAGAGCUAAAGAGUCUCUGUGUUCAAGCCAUUUCAAAAGGUGGAUCAUCUGAUGGGAAUCUAGAUUCAUUUUUACGAGACAUUUCUAAGUGAGCCGUUAAACAUGCAAGGAUAAUCUCUAAGAAAUGUAGAAGCGAUCUUGGUUCUUCCAGGGCUUGAAAUAAAUGAAGUUAUCGGAGAUCUGUAAUGAUUUUCUUUUUCAUUUUGUGAUAGUAUCAUUAUGUCAUCUAUAUCUAAUUGAGAUAGAUCUCUUUUGACACAAGUGUUAGCAUCUACUUCAUGAUGUACCAAAUGCGUUGAUUUUCUGAUACUACAUAUUUAAUUUUGCUAA